UUUCCUCUAAUACACAAGAAUGAAGUUCGUCCUAAUUGUUACUCUCUUUCUCGUUAGUUUCAUGUUCAUGACAGCAGAAGACGAGAAAGGAAAACAGAUUAUACGAAAUUGCUGUAAGGAAGCCAAAGAAAAAGUUGGAGAUGAAUUUGAAAACACCAUCAUUGAAUGUUUAAAAAAGACCAUAGAUGAAGAGGAAGAGAAAGAAGGUGAUAAUAGAGAAGAGAAUAAAAAAACUAUGGAAACAUAUAUAAAGAAGGCUAAGCUUGAACCUGUUGACUGUGAAAACGGUGCAGAGGGAUUAAUGAAAAAGAAUAGCAAGGAAUGAAGAUAACAAAAGCAUACAAUUGUAACAGUAUUAAAAAUAAUUAUGAAAUAAAUUCGUAUAGCAAAUGAA